AGGAUUUGCAGAUGCGUCCCCGAAAGGCUAAGCCAUAAAAAAUAAUGUUAACAAGAAGAAAAGGCUUUGGCUUUGGCUUCGUUUAAAAAGCACGUGUUUUUGGUUUGGGCAUUUCAAAUUUCAACCAGAUUUCAGCAUCGGCCAUGAUUCGAUCCGAGUAAUAUUCUUGUUCAAAUACAAUCCAAAAAACCACAUCUCCAGCUUCUCUCUCUCUCUCUCUCUCUCUCUCUCUCUCUCUCUCUCUCUCUCUCUUUUUAAGAGUUGACCCGUUCUGUGGUUUGGGACUGAUGAGGAGCUCCGGAAUAGUAGCUUAGCUCGGAUUUUGUGAGGCCCCCAAUUCUUCUUCAAUCUGUUUGAAAAGAUUCUUCUCUGAGAACUAUGAGUACGGGAAUAAAGAAAUCCCCUUCAAAUGGCUCUGAGAAGAUUUUAUCAUUUGAAGAGCAGCAGGCAAAGAUUAACGAAGUGAAGAGGUUGAUAGGAACAUUGCCUGAUAAGUUGUCCAUUUAUUGUUCUGAUGGAUCCAUCUCAAGGCAUCUAAGGGCAAGAAACUGGAAUGUCAAGAAAGCUACGAAAAUGUUAAAAGAUACCUUGAAAUGGAGGGCAGAGUACAAACCGGAGGAGAUUCGUUGGGAAGAGGUAGCUCGUGAAGCAGAAACAGGGAAAAUUUACAGAUCAAAUUAUUUUGACAAGCAUGGGAGACCAGUUCUUGUCAUGAGACCUAGUUGUCAGAACUCAAAGUCGACAAAAGGACAGAUUAGAUACUUGGUAUACUGCAUGGAGAAUGCUAUUUUAAAUCUACCUCCAGAUCAGGAACAAAUGGUUUGGAUGAUAGAUUUUCAGGGUUUCAAUUUGUCACAUAUUUCAGUGAAGUUGACACGGGAAACUGCCCAUGUUUUACAAGACCAUUAUCCAGAACGCCUAGGUCUUGCAAUACUGUACAAUCCACCAAAGUUUUUUGAACCAUUCUUUACGAUGGUAAAGCCUUUUCUAGAGCCAAAGACUUACAACAAAGUCAAGUUUGUUUACUCGGAUGAUGUCAACGCCAAGAAGAUAAUGGAGGAUCUAUUUGAUAUUGAUAAACUGGAGGCUGCAUUUGGGGGAAAUGAUACAUCGGGUUUUGAUAUAAAUAAAUAUGCUGAGAGGAUGAAAGAGGAUGACAAGAAGAUGCCUGCAAUUUGGACAAGAGGAAAUCCUGCUUUGGCAGCCUCAGAACCUGCCCCUACCAGUGCUGCUCUUACAUUGGAUUCUAUCAAGUUAGACUCAGAUUCUGAUGCAUCUGAUAAUGAAAAAACAGACAGUUCCUCGUCCCAUGGGAUAGAACCAGAAGUUGUCUCAGACCAUGACGAACUGAUGGCUGCCGGUAGCAGAAACGCUACCGAAGAUGUACAUUGAGUAUAAUAAUGGCUCAAGGUAUAUAUGAAGAGUUAACUGAACUGCUGUAUCUUGCUGACCCUUUUUGGCUGUCUGGUUAGGUACCAAAAAUUUAAGAGGGAUUCUGUGAACUGGAGUUAUCAAUUUAUUUGACCAUUUUGGAGACAAUGAAUGUAUUCGCCUUGUGUAAGUCAGAACUCAUGUAGUCCACAAUUCACAUAAGAGAUAUAGUGUUUGUCUC